GCUACAUCGACUCUCAGUAAGCUAAUGUUUACACACUGGUGGGGGAGGAAAAAGAAAAGCGAACCAUCUAAACGAAAGCAACCACCCUACUGUGGAGGAGUUUGUGUUUACAUGUCUACAAGUUUCAUAUGAAGAAGAAAAAUGAAACUCAGGUCUCAAAAAACGGUUACAUCUUGUUUGGAGACGCCGAGGAGAAACCGCCGCCCGUCCACCAAAGCGACGCCAAGAGGAAGGCGCCUAUCGGUGACCGAAAGCCCGCUUCAAAACAAGGUUGAAGAGACUUUGGAUAAUGACUCCCACCACUCUGAUGACGAAGUUCCCACAAUGACAAGGCGACCACUGCCUUGUGGCCGGCCAAGGAAGAGAGCCAUCGCUGUCGAUGACAGAGAAACAGAUUUGGCCUUCAAGACUCCGAUCAGGCCCAUCAUGCGCCAUGAGCGCAUACUGUCAGAGAUUGACCCAGGGUCUCCUUGCAACUCAACAGCCAGAAACAUCUACUCGCCCAUCGUGCGUUUCCUCACACCCAGCAAAGAGAAUAUGAAGUGUCCAGGUAGUGGAACCAAUGUGGUGAUGAGCCCAGAACAAGGUGUAUUUGGUUAUGGCUCCAUCGACCUUCUGGUUGGAGACGAGGAAGAUGACGUCUUCAAUCCAUUUACCUUCAUCAAGAACAUACCGUCACAGUCUCAGCAUUCCCGACCUCGACUUAGAGAUAUUCCCCCCAAGACCAGGAGCACGCCAGAGGCCACGCUGGUGGUCGACCUGGAGGAGACCCUGAUGUUCAGCUCUCUGAACGUGAUCGAAGACGCAGAGUUCACCUUCCACACAGCUUUCCAGGACCAUCAGUACAAGGUGCACAUGGUCCUACGACCACAUGUGAAAGAGUUUCUGCAGUCCAUGGCAAAAAUCUAUGAGCUGUUUGUUUACACAUGUGCAAAGAAGGAAUAUGCUGAGAAGAUACUGGACAUCCUGGACCCGCAGAGGAAACUGUUUCGACAUCGUCUGUAUCAGGACGAAUGUUCCUGCGUCCUCGGCCACUACAUCAAAGAUCUCAGCCACCUGGGGAGGGAUCUCACCAAGACAGUGGUUCUGGACAACGCACCGCACACAUACCCGUACCAUCUGAUGAACACAAUACCCAUCAAGAGCUGGUCCGGAGAGUCAGCGGACAGAGAACUGCAGAAACUCAUCCCGUACAUGGAGAAACUGUCUGCAGCGGAGGAUUUUCGGGAGGUGCUGAAGAAGAGGAAGGAUCACUUCCACAGGCUGCUGUCAGAGGACUGACAGGAUUCUCCCCCACCUCAUCCCUCACUUUAACUACUUUACGUGACUUUUGCAGCUCAUGUUUGUUUUCUUUUUUGCUUUGGCUAAAAAAGCAGAAUCCAGUUGGAAUUGGCUAACCUGAAGCCCGUUGUGUUGUGGCGGACCUGCCUGCCCUCCUCCGUCCUCCCUGAUGACUUUAAGGGCAGGCAGAUCGGUAUUUCAAACAUGCUGCUGGUCAUUCAUCACCUAAACCCCUUUUCUCCAGGACUCAUUCCACAGGGCAAUAACCUGCUACCCAGUGUUUGUGUAUAUUUACAUGACAAAACUUGAAAUAUGUUGUUCAUAGUCAUAAUUUUUUAUUUAUUGAUUAUAUUGCUAAUCAACAGCUGUUUUCUCUGUAUAUUUUAGAUAUGCUUUUUUA